AUGAAAGCAUUAUUCAGCAAAGAAGACUGGGAGGAACUUACGAAGAAGCCUUCAUUGCCACCCGUUAACUAUGAAAUCGAAAAAGAAUUGGCCAAAUACAUAAAGAAGGAUCUUACUCAACUUCGCCAAGAA